UUGGAGAAUCUGGAAGCACUCGGACAACGGCAUGGAGGCUGAAGUUUAAGGCGCAAAGAGGAAGAGGAGAAGAAGAAAACUGCGUUUCAAGGACGCACGACGCGUAAAGGAUGAAGUAUGAGAUAUAUCUUUUUGCGUCUUACAGGUGCAGUAAGAGAGCCUGAUUGUAUUUGGACUUAAUCUGGAUGCAUCUGACUGACUUCAUCAAAGAAGUCAACAGACGCUCCUUCGAGACGCACUCGUGGGAAAAUAUAACCCUGACACACGGGGCUUGUGGAACUAGAGCGAAUUUUAACUCUCAAGCACAGACAAGACUGUCUGACCGAAUUUCUCCGGUCACCAGAGGCUACAUCAGUGGCUCGGCUUUGCGCUCUCAGCUCUGUGCGCUCUACCAGACUGUAGUGGACGCGGAUUCUUCACACAGUAAGAGACCCACAGACAGAAGAAGCACGCCGGCAUUCGGGGCACUGCUUUAUAUCUCAAGCUCACCGGGCACUUGUUGUCCAGUCUGUCCGGUUCUCAGUAACAAUGUUUGAGGACCACUGGAACGGAUCGAUGUGGCGCGCCACAUGGAUUUUAUUUUUCUCCUUACUCAUCCACUCCGCACAAGCUCAAGAUGAUGUGCCUCCUUACUUCAAGACAGAGCCAGUGCGUAGCCAGCUUCAUCUUGAACGCAACAGGCUGGUGCUGACCUGCAUGGCAGAGGGAAGCUGGCCACUGGAGUUUAAAUGGAUUCACAACAACACAGAAUUAACACGCUUUUCACUGGAGUACAGGUACCUAAUCCCCUCGUUGGAUCGCUCUCAUGCAGGCUUCUACCGCUGCAUUGUGAGGAAUCGGGUGGGAGCUCUUCUGCAGAGGCGCACAGAAGUACAAGUGGCCUUUAUGGGCAGUUUCGAAGAAGGUGAACGAAGUCAGUCAGUCUCUCAGGGAGAGGGGGCCGUUAUUCCAGCACCGCUCAUUCGCAGCUUCCCCCAACCUCAAGUCACCUGGUUCAGAGAUGGACGCAAGAUUCCGCCCAGCAGUCGCAUUGCAAUUACUCUGGACAACACGCUGGUAAUCUUGUCUACUGUGGCACCGGACGCUGGGCGCUAUUAUGUGCAGGCAGUAAAUGACAAGAAUGGAGAGAACAAGACCAGCCAGCCCAUCACUUUGUCAGUAGAGAAUGUUGGAGGGCCAGCAGAUCCCAUUGCCCCCACCAUCAUCAUUCCUCCCAGGAACACCAGUGUCGUCACGGGAACCUCAGAGGUCACAAUGGAGUGUGUGGCCAAUGCCAGGCCUCUUAUCAAGCUGAGUAUCUCAUGGCGUAAGAACGGCGUGAUGGUGACCAGCGGCCUGAGCGAUUUCAACCGUAGACUGACCAUCCUCAGUCCUCUGGUGAGCGAUGCCGGCUACUACGAAUGCGAAGCCAUUCUCCGCAGCAGCAGUGUGCCUUCAGUCAGUGCUGGGGCCUACCUGCAUGUACUUGAACCACCACAGUUCAUAAAGGAACCAGAGAAGCACAUCACAGCUGAGAUGGAGAAGGUGGUGGACAUCCCCUGUCAGGCUAGGGGAGUUCCCCAGCCAGACAUUGUGUGGUACAAGGAUGCUUUGCCCAUCAAUCCAGUGAAGACGCCCAGGUACAGGGUGCUGGUGGGUGGCAGCUUGCAGGUUAACGGCCUUCUUCCUGAUGACACCGGCAUGUUUCAGUGCUUUGCCAGGAAUUUGGCAGGAGAAGUUCAGACCAACACGUACCUGGCUGUUACCAGCAUUGCGCCGAAUAUCACAGCCGGACCCUCCGACAGCACCGUGAUCGACGGCAUGUCAGUCAUCCUGCACUGCGAGACCUCUGGAGCUCCAAGACCAGCUAUAACCUGGCAGAAAGGUGAGCGUGUGUUGGCCAGCGGUUCAGUGCAGCUGCCCAGGUUCACUUUGCUGGAGUCAGGAAGUUUGCUCAUCUCCCCUUCACAUAUCUCUGAUGCCGGGACCUACACUUGCAUGGCAAGCAACUCCAGGGGCAUCGAUGAGGCGUCGGCUGACCUCAUUGUUUGGGCUCGCACUCGGAUUACUACCCCCCCACAGGACCAGAGUGUUAUCAAAGGAACUAAAGCCAUUAUGUAUUGUGGAGUCACACACGACCCCAGUGUAAUUAUCAGGCAUGUCUGGGAAAAAGACAGCUCUGUGAUCAAUGUGCAGUCCAUCCCCCGCAUGCGACUGGAUGCAGACGGCACCCUGCACAUUUCCCAAACCUGGUCGGGCGACAUCGGCACGUACACGUGCAGAGUCACCUCCGUCGGAGGCAACGACUCCCGCAGCGCUCACCUCCGUGUCAGGCAGCUUCCCCAUGCCCCAGAGAACCCCACAGCCAUGCUGAGCAAAUCUGAAAAAAGAGCUAUCGACCUGGCCUGGGCGAAGCCCUUUGAUGGCAACAGUCCCCUCAUUCGUUACAUCCUGGAAGUUUCUGAGAACAAUGCCCCAUGGGCCAUCCUGCUGGCCAAUAUUGAACCAGAGUCCACAGCAGUAACGGUCAACGGUUUGAUCCCGGCUCGCUCCUAUCAGUUCCGUCUCUGUGCCGUUAAUGAUGUAGGAAAGGGGCAGUUCAGUAAGGAGACAGACCGUGUAUCUCUCCCAGAGGAGCCCCCCAGCGCUCCUCCUCAGAACGUCAUCGCCAGUGGUCGGACCAACCAGUCCAUCAUGAUCCAGUGGCAGCCUCCACAGGAGAGCCACCAGAACGGCAUCCUCAGGGGCUACAUCAUCCGGUACCGUCUCACUGGGCUUCCUGUGGAUUACCAGAUUAAAAAUAUCUCUAGCCCAGAUGUGACCACCCUGCUGCUGGAGGACCUCAUAAUCUGGACCAACUAUGAGAUUGAGGUGGCUGCCUUUAAUGGAGCAGGACUGGGUGCUUUCAGCCAUAAGGUCACUGAGUGGACUCUGCAGGGAGUACCCACCAUCCCUCCGGGCAACGUGCAGGUCGAGGCGGUCAACUCAACAGCAAUCCGUUUUACCUGGACCGCUCCUAACCCUCAGUUCAUCAACGGCAUCAACCAGGGCUACAAGUUGCUGGCCUGGGAGCCCGGCAAAGAGGAGGAUGUUGCUAUGGUAACAGUGCGACCGAACUUCCAGGACAGUGUCCAUGUGGGAUACGUGACGGGUCUGAAGAAGUUCACUGAGUAUUUCACCUCGGUGCUGUGCUUCACUACACCUGGAGACGGCCCCCGCAGCCCGCCUAAAGCACAGAGGACUCAUGAGGACACCCCCGGUGCUGUAGGUCACCUGAGUUUUACUGAGAUCCUGGACACCUCGCUGAAAGUGAGCUGGAGUGAGCCUGGCGAGAAGAAUGGAGUUCUCACAGGUUAUCGCAUUUCUUGGGAGGAGUUCAACCGAACGAACACCAGAGUUACCCACUACCUGCCAAACGUCACCUUAGAGUACAGAGUCACCGGACUCACUGCUCUCACCACCUACACCAUUGAAGUGGCAGGGAUGACCUCAAAGGGUCAGGGCCAACUGUCCUCCUCUACUAUUUCCUCUGGGGUCCCACCAGAGCUUCCUGGCCCUCCUACCAACCUUGCAAUUUCCAACAUUGGCCCACGCUCUGUCAUGCUGCAGUUCAAACCUGGCUAUGAUGGCAAAACUUCCAUUUCCCGUUGGUUGGUGGAGGCCCAGGUGGGUGCUGUAGGAGAAAACGAGGACUGGACGAUGGUCCACCAAGUGUCCAACGAACCUGAGGCUCGCUCCUUAGAAGUGCCGGUUCUCAACCCAUACACUUUUUACAGAUUCCGCAUGCGUCAGGUCAACAUAGUGGGCACCAGUCCUCCAAGCCAGCCUUCAAGGAAGAUCCAGACCCUUCCAGCUCCUCCUGACAUGGCCCCCGCUAACGUCACCCUGCGCACUGCUAGCGAGACCAGCCUCUGGUUGCGAUGGAUGCCUUUGCCUGAAUGGGAAUACAAUGGGAAUGCCGAGCAAGUGGGCUACAGGGUUCAGUAUUACCGCGCGGGCUCACAGGGUCGUGGGCUGACCCAUAUCAUCUCUGAUCGCCUGGAGAGAGAAUUCACCAUCGAGGACCUGGAGGAGUGGAUGGAGUAUGAGGUCAGGGUCCAGGCUGUCAAUGGCAUCGGGAUGGGACCCUGGAGCCAGCCAGUUAGAGGCAGGACAAGGGAGUCUGUUCCCUCGAGUGGACCCACCAAUGUGUCUGCCUUUGCCACAACUUCCAGCAGCAUCCUGGUGCGCUGGUUUGAAGUCCCAGAGCCUGACAGGAAUGGUCUCAUACUAGGCUACAAGGUGGUGUACAAAGAGAAGGACUCUGACAGUGUGGUCCGAUCCUGGACAGUGGAGGGGAACACCACCCACAGUGUCCAGCUGACCGGUUUGGGGAAAUAUGUCCUCUAUGAGAUCAAGGUUCUGGCUUUCACACGGAUUGGAGAUGGACGGCCCAGUUCUCCACCCAUCUUGGAGAGGACUUUAGAUGAUGUACCCGGACCUCCAGUGGGAAUCCUGUUCCCUGAAGUGCGCACAAACUCUGUCAGGCUUAUAUGGCAGUCCCCUGCUCAGCCCAACGGGAUCAUACUUGCUUACCAGAUCACCUACCACCUGAACUCCACCAACAGCAACACAGCCACAGUGGAUGUUCUGAACCCCAGCGCUCGCCAGUACAUGGUGACCAACCUCAAGCCAGAGUCCGUUUAUGUGUUUCGGAUCACAGCGCAGACAAGGAAGGGCUGGGGUGAGCCGGCUGAGGCGUUGGUGGUCACCACGGAGAAAAGAGCUCGACCCCAGCCAACAAGCCGUCCCAGGGUCCCUCAGGCUAACGUUCAAGCCCGCCAGGUCUUCCUUUCGUGGGAGCCAGGGAGCGAUGGCCUUUCCCCUGUGCGUUACUACACUGUGCAGCUGAGAGAGCUUCCUGAGAACAACUGGACAGUCCACUCUGCCUCAGUUAACCACGAGGCUAGCUCUUACAUAGUAUCCAGGCUAAAGCCCUUCACGUCCUAUCAGUUCAGAGUAAAAGCAACCAAUGACAUAGGGGACAGUGAGUACAGUGAGGAGAGUGAAGCCAUCACAACUCUACAGGAUGCGCCAGACGAAGCGCCGACCAUUCUCUCCGUCACGCCACACACAACGACGUCGGUGCUGAUCCGCUGGCAGCCACCCUCUGAAGAAAAGAUCAAUGGAAUCUCACUGGGAUUUCGGAUCCGCUACCGUGAGCUGCUGUAUGACCGUCUCCGCAGUUACAUUCAUACGGUCAACAGUGUGUCGGCCUGGGCUGAACUCACUGCCCCCUACAGCAUCCGGAACCUGAGUGAUUCAACUCUCAUCCAGUACGAGUUGGACAAGCUAAGUAAACACAAGCGCUAUGAGAUACGCAUGAGUGUGUACAACGCCGUGGGUGAGGGGCCUACCAGCCCACCGCAGGAGGUGUUUGUCGGGGAGGCAGUACCCACAGCCCCACCGCAGAAUGUUGCAAUUCAGUCUGCAACAGCCACCCAGUUGGAUGUGACGUGGGACCCUCCACCCGUGGAUGCACAGAAUGGAGACAUCCAGGGCUACAAGAUUUACUUUUGGGAGUUCCAGCGUAAGAACGACACGGAGCGUCUGCGAACUCUGUUCAUGCCUGAAGCAGGAGUGAAGCUGAAGAACCUGACUGGAUACACUACCUACAUGAUAAGCGUGGCUCCCUUCAACGCCGCUGGGGACGGACCCCGCAGCCCACCGACAAGGGGACGUACUCAGCAAGCGGCUCCAAGUGCCCCGAGUUUCAUUCACUUCAGCGAGCUGACCACCACCUCAGUAAAUGUGUCCUGGGGCGAGCCCACCUUCCCUAACGGCAUCAUUGAAGGCUACCGUCUGGUCUACGAACCCUUAACACCUGUAGAUGAGUCUUCAGUGGCCUGUGCCGACUGUCUUCACUCCCCCUCCCCCCCAGGCGUCAGUAAGACGGUGACGGUGGACGUGAAGGGGAGCGGCCCGCUCUGGUUAAAGCUCAGAGACCUGGCAGAAGGUGUCACGUACAACUUCCGCAUCCGGGCUAAGACCUUCAUCUAUGGGCCUGAGGUGGAAGCCAACAUCACCACUGGACCCGGGGAAGGAGCCCCGGGACCCCCUGGAGAGCCUUUUAUCACACGCUACAGUUCGGCCUUGACGAUUCACUGGACCAGCGGGGAUCCAGGACGUGCUCCCAUAACACGCUAUGUCAUCGAGGCCAGACCCUCAGAUGAGGGUUUGUGGGAUAUCUUAAUCAAGGAUAUCCCUAAGGAUGCAACAUCACAUACAUUCAACAUGGAGAUACUUAAACAAGGCAUCAGUUAUGACUUCCGGGUAAUUGGCGUGAAUGACUACGGCUAUGGCUCUCCAAGUCUACCUUCUCCUUCCAUAUCUGCCCAGAAAGUGGCUCCUUUCUACGAGGAGUGGUGGUUCCUGGUGGUGGUGGCGUUGGUGGGGCUCAUCUUCAUCCUGCUUCUGGUUUUCAUCCUCAUUAUCAGAGGACAGAGCAAGAAGUAUGCAAAAAAGUCUGAAUCAGUGUCUUUGUACCUGUGUCCAGGUAAUAACUCCAACUGUAACGCUUUGACCCACGGAGACAUGGUCAGCCUGGAUGAAGGCCGUUUUCCCGCUCUGGAGCUCAACAACCGACGGCUUUCUGUGAAAAACUCUUUCUGUCGGAAGAAUGGCGUCUAUACCAGGUCUCCUCCCAGGCCCAGUCCAGGCAGUCUUCAUUACUCGGAUGAGGAUGUAAGCACCAAGUACAACGACCUGAUCCCUGCAGAGAGCAGCAGUCUAACUGAAAAACCCUCGGAAAUCUCAGACUCACAGGAGGCGCUGGUGUUUUCAUAUGGGACAGGUGGCCUACAUACACUUCCACUGCAUUUGGGCAGUGACAGUGAGUACGAGGUCGACCCAAACAGACAGAAGACCCAUUCCUUUGUCAACCACUACAUAAGCGACCCAACCUACUACAAUUCCUGGCGCCGUCAGCAGAAAGGAAUAUCCCGAGCGCAGGCGUACAGCUACACCGAGUCCGAGUCGGGAGACCCGGAACACUGCGCCCCACCUCCGCUGCCCCCUCUACCUCCACUGCCGCCCCAGCUCAGUUCGCCCAGCCCUCAGCCUCAACAAGCCCAGGGCCAGCCCCAGGGUCAAGGCAGCCUGUUCAGGCCCAAGGGAAGCCGAACUCCCACUCCCUCCCAGCAGAGCUCCAACCCCCCUAGCCAGCACAGCACCCUGUACAGGCCCCCCAGCAGUCUAGCCCCUGGCUCACGGGCCCCUAUCGCUGGCUUCUCCUCCUUUGUGUGAAAAAAUGAUGAAAAUGACGAGAAACUUCUGGAAAUACAACCUUGUGUUGAAGAAAAACACAGCGUUGCAUAACGCGAAGUCAGCCCGAUCAGGUCACUCACACCCGUCUGUCUUCUCAUCACGUUUCUUUUCUUUCUUUCGUAUUUUCUCUUGUUAGCCUGGACUGACGGAACAACAAAAAUAAGACUUUCUAGAGCACUUUUUCUUUUGUCUAACGCGUGGAAGUUUGUCAAUGUAGACUUUAUUUCUCUCUCACUAGUUGAUAAAAACGUCUAAAACAUCUAUUCACUUUUUGUUUUGCUAGCAGAAAUACUUGCAUGACUUUUGCUUACAAUUUUUUAUUUUAUUUUUUUUUGUUGCUUUUUUUUGGAACGCGUUUAUCUGUGAUCCCUUUGGUUCUGUACAAAGUCACAAGAAUCUUUGAUAACAAGCAAACAUAUAAAUAUAUCUAUAUAUACACUAUAUAUAGUAGACAAAACCUAGAAGAUAAAAAUGGAGUCACUGCAGACUCUGUAUUGAUGGAGACUCAUGAUGGAGCCAUAUUGAAAGAAGAAGUAUUUGUUUGGACUUGAAACAACAAUGACAAAAAAAAAAUGGAUAAAAAGAUAGACUCUAUGGUGGAACUCAUGCCAAAUUGAAGAAAUUUGAAUGUUUAGGCCUGGAGAGUUUGAAGAAACAAUCCCACUUUACCAUGGAAACAACUCUCUGGCCUGAUAGCACACAAAUGUAUCGAAAAAACCCCUGUAGAGUUUGACCAUGAGUGGCUCAAACACCCAAGACUGCUGUGCCUGAAAGAUCCUGCAGAUAUAUGAAAUGAGUGUAUAUCUGUAAAAUUGAACAUAUUUAAGUCAUGUUGUGGGUGUGUUUCAGAGGAUCAAAGCUGCCUUGAAAGAGAAACACUUAUUUAUGAUAUCCGGCACCAGUUGUGACUGAACUGCUGAUGGUGUCCUUCGUCCUCGAUGGUGGUCCCGGCACUACGAGAGCCUUCUUUUAAUCCUGAUACAUUGGGGCUGUGAAUCGAUUUGUAUACACAACCCUUAUUUCAUAUUUCACCUUUUUUGCUGGCUCACAUAGAAACACAUCAGAAACGCUUUGAAGUUUAACGUAAAACUGUUGCUGGGGGUGGGGUGCUGUCACAUUGCAGCUGCUGGAAAUGCUUGAGUGUGAUUUUUUUUUCUGUUUAUGUGUAAAAGAAAAAAAAAGAGGGGGGUUUGUUCUUGGCCUGGUGGUUUGUUUUUGGUUUUCCUUUCCUUUCCUCUGCCACUGAUCACUAUCACCGGGCAGCAGUGAGCCUGCACCAAGAGAUGAUGUCAUUGAAUUGCCUCACCCCUUUCUCUCCUCUCUCUCCCUUUUGUGUAAUCAACCACUCUGUACUAUUCAGGUGUGACUGUGCUGUCCCAGAUCCUAAAGAGGUGUGUGUGUGUGCGUGUGAUUACGCUUCUUGUGCGUAAGCUUUACAGAUUACAUUCACUGUAUGUUUGUGUAUAAAAAGAUUGUCCCGCAGCAACUUUAAACCUGCCUGGAGCUGCGCUGCAGAUGGGUUGGCGACGGCCAGCCGCCUGCCAGGCGCACUCAUAACGCUAUUGUGAAGACUCAGUGGUGUGUUGCUAGUUUCCAUAUUUCAGAAAGCAGAAAAAGUCAUAUACUUCUCUUUUUGUUUUUUGUUUUUUUUUUCUCUCUGUGGGGUGAUUUCAUUGUACGCAACAAAAGCUUAUCAUGCAGAAUCUGAAUGAAUAUAUGAUCACAAUACAUUUCUGAAAUAAAUUAUUUUUCAAUGUUAAA